GAUCCAUCUGUUCUUUUUAAUAGCUAUCUCUCUAUGCAUUUAUAGUUCAAUAAUUAUUGGCUUUCAAGGUAAUAAAAGAUGAUGGUUAACGAAUUAACCCACCAGUUUGGAUAUGCAAAUUUGGGUAUUGAGGGUCCCCUAAAGAAGAGUAUUUGAUGAAUACAUUUAUUUUUCUUCAAUCGAAAUGGUAAUAUGUAUUUUGUGCAGAUCACCCUUAGAGCUUCAUAGAGAGGGUGUUUGGUAAAUCUGGAUUAGAAAGGAAAGGCAAAUGGGUUGGUUGUUGAUAGAAAAAGUGACAUGUUUAAAGGUGCUUGUUUAUUUUCUUUUCUUUUUUCCUCUUCUUUUUUAUUUUUAUUUUUUGUGAAUUAAUUCUAAAGUUGCUUUUUUAUUGUCAAACUCAAUGUUAGUUAGUCUCUUUCUCUCUCUUCUUUGUCUCCCUCAGUCUCUUCCCCUUUAUUCACGCCGCUCUCACUUCUACCUUUCACACUUUUUCUCUUCAAUCUCCAAGACAAAAACAGUAAACGAACUUUCCCUCAUCUCACUCCCAACAUUUCCGUCACCACUGCCGCAAGAAAAUAACAAAAAUUCGAAGCUAUUUUUUUCCACCCACAGUUUCUAUUUCCUUCUUACAUUCUCUGUUCGAGAUCAAGAAAAAGAUGUCUGAAUUUUCUUUCUCGAGCACCACCAAGAAAACUUGCUUCUCUAGUCUUCUUCUCUCUGAUGCGCUCCAUUGUUGUUUCUUCAUGUUCUCACACCCUCUCUACUUUUCUUACUUCAUCUUCUUCUCACCUUAUCUUUUCAAACUCUUCUCUUUUCUCUCCCCUCUCUUCAUCACUACCACUCUUUUCCUACUUGCUCUGCUCACCACUGUCUCUCCAAGUAUUGUCCAAGAUAAUUCUCUUGCCGAAUUGUCCGAAUCUAAGAUGGAUUUCCUUGCUUCUUCUUACCAAACUGUUUUGGAGAGAUUAAGAUCGAAAUUUGACAAUUGUGGUGAUGAGGAAGAGUUUCAACGUUUUGAGGAGCUUGAUGUCUAUAAGAUUGUUUUUGAGUCUUCAACGUUCGAAAUCCGAGAAGACCCUGUUGAAGUCAUGGAGUUGGUGGUGAAAAAAACUUGUUCUGAAGCCACUGAAGCACCAGUCGACAAGCAUUUGACUCAUGAACUGGGAAAUGCUGUUUGUGCAGAAGAAGAUCGAAUCAGCAAGUUGAAGCAAAACCCAGUUGAGAUUUCCGGAGUUGUUGAAGUAGAGAGAUCGAAAUGGAGCUUGGAAGAACAGAUUGAGUUUGAAGAUAUUCCAUGCGAAAAGGAAGACAGAAAAGUCAAGCCCGAGGUCGAAGAGUCAGACAAAGUUGAAAAACCAAAAGAAAAUUUAUUCAUGGGAAGCGAAUCCAAGGCAAUAACAGGUAAUAAAAUAAAGGAUGAUAAAGUGAAUGGUGAAAGUGGUGAAGGAUAUUAUACUCCAAAAGGGAUGGUGAGUUCUCCACGAUUCAGAGAAAACCUUACAGGUUCUUAUGGUGGUUUGGAAUACUCCAUGAAAGUUAUGGAGAAUCCUCAAACAUUGGCUUCAAAUCUUGGAAGCUUUGGUUCCAUGAGGAAAGAGAAGGAGUGGAGGAGGACAUUGGCUUGUAAGCUUUUCGAAGAGAGACACAAUGCAGAUGGAGGCGAAGGAAUGGAUAUGCUUUGGGAGACGCAUGAGACUGAAUCUAACAGAGCAGCACUGACCAAAAGCAACACAAAGAAGGGAAAGAAAGGUGGAUUACUGGAUUACAAUGACGAUGAUGACGAUGAUAUAGACGACGGUGAUGGCCAACUUUGCUGCUUGCAGGCAUUGAAGUUCUCAGCUGGGAAGAUGAAUUUGGGAAUGGGAAGGCCUAAUCUUACGAAGAUUUCCAAGGCAUUGAAGGGUAUUGGAUGGCUUCACCAUGUGAGCAGAGGGAAGAAAGUGUACCAUUGAAUUAAGGAAAUGUACCAUUGAAUUAAGAUGUUACAUUUUGUUUAUGUUAAAUUGGCAUAACAAUAUGUAUUUGUUUAAGUAUCAAAAGUAAAUAUAUAUGCUCUUUGUUUUUGCAGGAAA